AGUUCUGGGAUUAUCAAGUGUGCAGGACACACACACUCACACACAAAUGGGAAGACUUAAAGAGGAAGAGCACAAACGCUGCAAGAUUCUGUAAGAUGACUGGCAUGCUGGUUUGGGCAUGCAUUGCUUGAAGAGGGCUCUGAAAUCGGGGAAUAGAAAAAAGAGGCAAAGACAGAGCUGAAAAAAUUACAUUCAGCCUGCAGUUAUGGAGACAGUUACUGAACUGUGUGUGUCAAGUUUUCAGGCUUUCUUGUGUCCGACGGUACCGAGCACUCCACCAGUGCCUGAUGACCUCACACCCGAGGAGCAAAAAGAGCUGGAGAACAUCCGACGACGAAAGCAAGAACUGCUGGACGAUAUUCAGCGUCUGAAGGAUGAGAUUGCUGAAGUGACCAGUGAGAUUGAGAACCUGGGUUCCACAGAGGAGAGGAAAAACAUGCAGAGGAACAAACAAGUGGCCAUGGGCCGCAAGAAAUUCAACAUGGACCCCAAAAAGGGGAUCAAGUUCCUGAUUGAAAAUGACCUUCUGAAGAACACCAGGGAAGAUAUUGCACGGUUCCUCUACAAGGGUGAAGGUCUUAACAAGACAGCCAUAGGAGAUUACCUUGGAGAGAGGGAUGACUUCAACAUCCAGGUCCUUCAUGCGUUUGUGGAGCUGCAUGAGUUCACAGAUCUGAACCUGGUCCAGGCGCUCAGACAGUUUCUCUGGAGCUUCAGACUUCCUGGGGAGGCACAGAAGAUCGACAGAAUGAUGGAGGCAUUUGCUCAGCGCUACUGCCAGUGCAACCCUGGAGUAUUUCAGUCCACAGACACCUGCUACAUCCUGUCCUUUGCCAUCAUCAUGUUGAACACCAGCCUUCACAACCCAAACGUUAAAGACAAGCCUACAGUGGAGCGAUUCAUCUCAAUGAACAGAGGUAUCAAUGAUGGAGGAGACCUGCCAGAAGAACUGCUCAGGAACUUGUACGAGAGCAUCAAGAAUGAGCCUUUCAAAAUCCCUGAGGAUGACGGCAAUGACUUGACGCACACUUUCUUCAAUCCAGACAGAGAGGGCUGGCUGCUUAAACUGGGAGGACGUGUCAAAACCUGGAAAAGACGGUGGUUCAUUCUCACUGAUAACUGCCUUUACUACUUCGAGUACACUACUGACAAAGAACCACGAGGCAUCAUCCCACUAGAGAACCUCAGCAUUCGUGAAGUGGAAGACAAGAAACCGAACUGCUUUGAACUCUUCAUCCCUGAAAAUAAAGAUCAGGUGAUCAAGGCCUGUAAGACAGAGGCGGACGGACGGGUCGUUGAAGGCAACCACACCUUCUACCGCAUCUCUGCUCCCACCACGGAGGAGAAAGACGAAUGGAUGAACAGCAUUAAGGCGGCCAUCAGUCGAGAUCCCUUCUACGAAAUGCUGGCUGCUAGAAAGAAGAAAGUGUCAUCUAUGAAGAGACACUAGAGCUGCUUAGGACGCUGGUGUUACAGAUUCAGGGCUCCCCUUUCUGGAGAAGACUGAGCUGUGCAGAAAGUCAAAUACAAGCUCACUGUUCAAAGAAAACAGAGAUCAGUGAGGUCAAACCUCGCAAAGCUAGACUCUGCUCCUGUCUUUUUCAAUGUCUUCUUGCUCAGCUCAAGUGUGUGUGUGUGUGAGUGUUGGAAGGAAGUCAGUGGGCUUUUACCUUGCUGGUGCUUCCUUGAAACCCCCAAAGAAUACAUUUUUCCUGAUGCUUUACCAAAAUACGCUCUUUCUCCUCUGUUCUCUCUUUCUCUUGUCUUUUGCACACUUGCAUUUUCUGAAAUCAGCAGGUCUGACAGAAUGUGGAAAACAGUGGGGCAAAGUUCCUACUUGCAUCGGGAAAGGAAGAUUUCCUUUGUGCUUUGAUAUGUACAGGCAAUAAGUCUAUUUUUACAUUUUUACAGCGCAUCAAGUGGCUUAGUUUUCAAAAGUUUCUGUAUUUAACUGUUGAUUUUUUUUUUUUUUUACGGACUACUACAAAUUGCAACAGAAAAUCUGGAAUUUAAACUUUUGUUGGGAGGGUGGAAAAUCACCCUCAGUGUUGGAUGAUUUGCUCUUGAAAGUAAACAGAUCCGUGGGCAUUUACGUUUAUUUUGUAGUCAGUGUGCUUUUAAAUGCGACAUGCGUAUAACGUGUCGUAAACGUUUGUUAAAGCUGCAGUGGUUUGAAUGUUGGCAGCUUGUGUCAUUAUGCAGCUGUUAUGCACAUAUAAAGCCAGCGAAAUAUUAUGGGAUAGCGUCAUUACCAGGAUAUCAUGCAUUACCUCUCCAGGGCUCAACAAUAAGGUGUUAAUAAUAAAUAAGUGUGAGGGAGUUUAGGUAUUGUGGGAGGAAAACUUUGUGAAAGUCUUAGAAGUAUAAAAGUGUGGUUAUUUGCACAGUGAAAUUCCGCAGGCAAAAUAAAAGUCACUUAUUGGACAGGGAGGGAAUUUACUUUCUGAAGUAGUUUUGUGUUCCCUCAGACUACCUUUAUCCAUCCCUUAUGGAAAUUAACCAUGCUAUAACUACAGGAACCAUAGUUCAAAUAUUCAUAGUAAAACUAUACUAAUAAUACAGGAAAACCAAAACUAUGGUAAUAAAAACCAUUAUUAUUUUGCCAAAUGAUUAAGGGGGGCCGGGACGCCCCUUAAAAAAUAAAAAAUAGACUGUGGGGGGUGCCCAAAUAUUUUUAUUUUAGUAAAGAUAAUAAUGACAAGUACGAUUGGAUAAAAAUGAAAACACCCCUACGUCACAAGGUCGUGAAGCUCAUUUUCUUUGAAAAGUGAGUUUAAAAAUUGUCACAGAGUUUCAAGUUUCCAAUUGUUAGUGCAACUGAAAAGUAAAAAUAUUGUUUUAAAAGAAAACAACUUUUAAAGAAUAAUAUGUUGGUAAAAAUGUCAUCAUUUUCUGCAGCAGGGCUCUGAAUAAAUCCUUAUUGUGCAGUCCGAUUCUCAGACGGACAGUAAGGUUAUUGUCUUACGAGAGGUCAAUCAAUACAAAACAUUUUUUAUAAAAAAUAAAUGUACGUAACUACAAUUACAGUUGGCAUACUGACUGAUGGUGACAUCACAGGUGAUUGUGAACUGUCAGUGAAAUCAGAUGUUGUGCGGUCGCUCCAGUGCCUGCUCUCGUGUUUUUACUUUCACUCCUCAAUUCUCACUUUCCUUUCUCAAGUUUCCAUCUGUCCAGCAGUUAUUCUUCAAGCAAAAUAUUCAUUCUUAAUCAGUAUUGGUUUAAUUUAUCAAAGAUGUACAUACUUUAGUGUAUAGAGAAUACUGGAUUCCAUUUUAUAAAUGUGUUGUUUGUGUAGCAGUAUUGUACUAGCUGAGUGCCAUUUUCUUUAUCUUUUCUUUUUUUUUCUUUUUGAGGUCGAUACCAUUGCAAUGGUAGCCAGACUACACUGAAAUAAAGAUGAUAUUAUAGCA